CUAUCACUACUUGAUCUGGACGUGUUUUCUGAAUAAGUCAUAUCUUAACAGCUGGACUACAUAGUUCCGAAUCCUCUCACCGAACUGGAAAAAUGUUUAUUUUAUUUUAUUUUGGCCUGCACGAUUCGUUUUGCUGCCCGUACAUGAUAUUGACAUGGAUAUAGACUUUGUUAACGAGUGAUUUUUACGUUUUUUUCUUCAUGUCGUAUCUUUAUCUUCACACACAGGUCGUGACGAAUCUGCGAACGGAACAUCUGGAGCAUAAAGCAAACAUUUACAGAUUUGAAGCAUGACUCGUCGCGUGGCAGUGAUCGGAGGAGGCAGCUCAGGUCUGACCUGCAUCAAGUGCUGCCUGGAUGAAGGGCUGGAGCCUGUCUGCUUUGAAAGCAGCGAUGACAUCGGUGGCCUGUGGAGGUUUAAGGAGAAUCCAGAGCCAGACAGAGCCAGCAUCUACCACUCUGUCAUCAUCAACACCUCCAAGGAGAUGAUGUGCUUCAGCGACUAUCCCAUCCCUGCACACUACCCAAACUUCAUGCACAACUCCCUCAUUAUGGACUACUUUCGGAUGUACGCCGGCCACUUCAACCUCACCAAGCACAUACGCUUCAAUACCAAAGUCCUGCAGGUGAAGCAGAGAUCAGAUUUUUCACGUACGGGCCAGUGGGAUGUCGAAACAGAGAACAAGGAUGGCAAAAAGGAGAAACACAUUUUUGAUGCUGUGAUGAUCUGUAUUGGACAUCACUGCCACCCCAACUUGCCUCUCCAUGACUUCCCAGGCAUCGACACUUUCCAGGGAAAGUAUUUCCACAGCAGAGACUACAAGACUCCCGAAGAGUGGAGAGAUAAAAAGGUUGUAGUGGUUGGAAUCGGAAACUCUGGAGGAGACUUAGCGGUGGAACUGAGCAGAGUCACCAAGCAGCUUUACCUGAGCACUCGACGGGGAGCCUGGGUUCUGAACAGAGUUGGGGAAAACGGCUAUCCCCGCGAUCUGUUUUUCAACAGGAUCAUGAAUUUUCUACGGACAAUCCUUCCCUACGGUUUUCUCUGCUCUUUGGGAGAGAGCCAACUUAACCAAAGGUUUAAUCACGCUAUGUACAAUCUGAAGCCAAACCACAGGGUGUUCAGCCAACAUCCCACAGUGAAUGAUGAGCUUCCCAACCGCAUCCUAUCCGGGACAGUUCAGGUGAAACCCAACAUCCGCAGAUUUCAAGGUUCCAGUGUGGAGUUUGAUGAUGGAAGUGUUGUGGAAGACGUUGACCUGGUGGUUUUUGCCACAGGUUACCGGUUUUCCUUUCCUUUCCUGGCUUCACAUGUGGUCUCAGUGAGUGACAACAAAGCAUCUCUGUACAAAUAUGUGUUUCCUCCUGAGCUGGAACGCCCCACGGUGGCUAUCAUUGGUUUAGUGCAACCACUGGGAGCCAUCAUGCCCAUCUCUGAGAUGCAGGCCAGAUGGGCCACACGCGUCUUUAAAGGCUGCAUAAAGCUUCCUUCAGCGGCUGCUAUGUUGAAAGAUAUCCAGUAUAAGCAGGACACCAUGGCUAAAAGGUAUGUCACCAGUCAGAGACACACCAUCCAGGUCGACUAUGUUGCCUACAUGGAUGAGGUAGCGGAGCUGGUGGGGGUUCGACCCAACAUCCUAAGGAUGCUGCUGACUGAUCCCAGAGUGGGACUGAACGUGAUGUUUGGUCCCUGCACACCAUUCCAGUACCGUCUCAGAGGGCCAGGAAAGUGGGCCGGAGCCCGACAGACCAUCCUCACCCAGUGGGAGAGAGUGACUCGACCCAUGCAGACCAGGCCCUGUACUGAGCCCCAACCCAAGAGUUCCUUUAAGUGGCCUCUGCUUCUGUCAACCACUGCUGUGGGCUUGGCUGCCUACAUUAACAGGAACAACCUUCCAGCUUUCCUGCAGGAUCCAGCUGCCCUGCUGGACAGGAUUAAAGAGUGCCUGCCUGCAAUGGUGCAACGUUCAUAACCAAUCAGCUUCAUCUGUGAUUACUCUUAAAGAGCUCAUAAAGCAUUUUUUAUUUUUUUUUUUUGCAUUAAACUACAACAACAUCUGAAAUGGACAAUGUACUGAUAAACUAGUCAAUGAUGUAAUCGUGUGAUAACUUCAAAGGUCAGCUAAGGUGACAAACAAAAAGCUUUUAUUCAGCGUAUUCUGUUAUGCAUAAAUAUCCAAUUUACAGUUAUGCUUUGCCUCUGUUCCUUACUGUGUAGUUUUAGGGUGUAUGAUUGAAAGACUCUUUUUUUCUAAUGAGUUCACUGUUCAUUUAGUUUUGACAGAGUAACAUAAUGACUUUGUACAAUGCAUUUCUAUUGCCUUCCCUAGCCUUGUCUGUUUCUUAGGGAUGGUAACUUCAUUAACCAUUUUUGACUUCUAACAUCUUCUGUACAAUGCCUUCUAUUCAAAAUCUUACUGUUCUAUGUAUUUGUGAUAGAAAUUUUUAAAAAAGCAAUAAAUUUGGAUUUCCAGAGUUUAAUAUGUUGGAUUCCUCCAUUUAUGUCAAAUUCCGAAUACUCUGGGGGAAAAAGCACAUCCAGUGCUUUUGUAUGUCUUGUAAUUUGAAUGGAUCGUUUUUAGAAAAGUGCAAUUUAAACUAACCUUGUUCUGUAAAACAUAAUUAACUUUAUUAACUGAGCUUUUAAAUAUGUGUUUGGCUUUUUUUGCAAUCCCAGAAAAUAAACAAAGUUGAGAGGAAAUAUUGCUGACACGGUGAGCCCAGGUCAGGGAAUAAACCUUUUUGAUAUUACUGUAAAGCUA